AUGCCGGCCCUGAAAGCGCGCGCGCGGCCGCCGGCGCCUACAGAUCCGCCCGGAGGCAGCAGGAUCGCACGAACGAGGUCAUCUUCCUUGCUAACGAUAUCGUCGCAGCAAAUCGAUGAGGCGACAAAUACCAUGCAAAACAACAUGAUGCUGGCCAGCCAGCGAGGCGAGAAUCUCGACUCGCUGCAGAACAAGACGGACAACCUGGCGACGCAGGCGGACGGCUUCCGCCGCGGCGCCAACCGCGUGCGGAAACAGAUGUGGUGGAAGGACAUGAAGAUGCGCAUGUGCAUCAUCAUCGGCAUCAUCAUCUUGCUGGUUGUCAUUAUCGUGCCGAGUGGUGAGUACCCGGCGAUGCCUCAUGGGUAG